AUGGCACCAAGUCAUCGAAUAUUCGCUCUCCUUUUCCUCUUGCUCGGGAUUCUUGUCUUCCCCUCUGCAGCUGAUCAGACCAAAGAAAAAGCAUAUGUCUAUGGCACUGGCACAGAUGGAGAAACACGACAGCUGGCUGUCGACCGCAGGCCGGCACUCUAUACCGGUGAUUUUGGAGAUUGCUUAGAUGGCGGGAGUCUGUUCAACGUCACAAAGUUUGAUGGCGCCUAUUUUGCUGAUAACAUGACCAUUGUCCUCCAUCUCGACGCGACAAGCAAUAUCAGAAACGAAUCAACCAUGAUGUAUAUCUCCGUUGAUGCAUAUGGCGAAAACAGACUCUCUAUGACCUUCAACCCAUGCCACGCCAUGAUCAGCAGUCUCUGUCCCCUCGUUGCCACCAAACCGGUAGGCGCCUAUGUCAUGAUUCCCGUCGCGCCUCGAGACGCCAUCUUCUUUUCAGGCGCCCUCUCGCUAGACUGGCCCUCGGUUCUGACGGCCUGGUGGAGCAACUUUGCCUGGUCCGCUGGCAUGAUCUACACCACGAAAUUCGUCAGCUCGGUCGAUUCGUUUGUGGGAUAUAAUGGCAACUCUAGUCAGAUUGGAGGCGCUGGCCCCGCGCUCCUCAAUACUAAAGGCGGCUUGAUAUCACAAAUCUACGGAAAGGCCGCUGAGAAGACAGCAGAGACGAUCGCGAAGAGGCAUGCAUAUAACGCUAGCAACCCUUACGACUAUAACUGGGCCGGAGACCCUGUCAGCCUUGGCUUGCCUAUUCCAGGCUCCUGGUUUGGAUUCUCUGGAACGCUGUCCAUGGUUAAAAUCCCCGCCGCCGACGCCGUUCUUGUUGGGCUCACCUGGAUCAUGAUCGCGAUCGUCUUGGCGGGCGUUGCCGUCGUGACCCUCAAGGGGUUUCUCGAGCUUUUGGCGCUGACCAAGAUGAUGAAUACGGACAGCCUGCCUCAUUUUCGCAGCAACUGGAUCGGCUUUACGGUUAUAGCCCUCCAGCGAACGUUCCUCGUCUCCUUCUUUGCCAUAAUGACUCUCACGAUGUACCAGUUCACACUCCGAGGCUCAGGGGAUGCAACUGUCAUUGCUGGGGUUGCUUUUGCGGUCUUCCUCAUCGGCGUCUCCGUUUUGAUCGGUCUGGGAAUUCACGCCCGUACCAAGUCCGGCAAGUUUGAAUGUGGCACUGAACAGCUUAUCUUCCAUCGGGGGAAGAUGCUUGGCUGCCUCCCCGGACUGACUCCGAGCUGGGCGCGAACCCUGAAGGAGAACGAGCUGGAGGUGCAGCCAAUUUUUUCCAUCCCGCUCUUCCGCAUUCGCCAUGUCGACGACUGCCCCGACCGCCCGACGGUUCACGAAGACCAAGCCUACAUCAAGACCUGGGGCUGGAUGACCGCAAGAUACAGGCGCACAAGAUGGUGGUUCACUGCGUUCUAUGUGCCUUACCUGUUCGCUCGCGCAGCCUUCAUCGGAGGCGGUGCUCACAAUGUCUAUGCGCAGAUCUACGGCCUACUAGUCCUUGAUAUCAUCUCGUUCGCAAUGAUGGUCGUCAUGAAUCCGUUUGAAGGAGCUCGCAAUACCGCCAUGGGUAUCUGGAUAUUAAGCAUCUGCAAGAUCUUCACCACAGGCCUUUCCAUCGCGUUCCUCCCGGAGUUCGGACUGAACAGGAUUAUCGUCACAGCUUUUGGUAUCAUCAUCAUUGUCAUCCAAGGUUUUACGGUUGUCGCAUUGUUGAUCCUCAUUGGCCUCGGUAUUAUCUCGACAUGGAUGUCGCUCUCUCGGAACGAGGAGAGGUUUUUCGACGAGCUGGAAUGGGCCCGAGUUCGAUACUUCGAGAACAUGGAAAGGCGAGCACCAGACAUGCCGCAGCCGAAACACGAGAAAGACAAGAACGAGGAACCAGCAGUACCGGCAGAACCCUCGUUCGAAGUGGCCCACGUGUGGCGCAUGUCCAAGAUCGUGGACGAGGAAGAAGGAGGAAUGGGAGGAGUGGAAUCCGUCAAGGACAUCAGGAGCUCCACGUCGGAGGAGUGGAAGGAGGAGGAUGCAAGCAUCGGUGAAUCAGAGGACACCCUCCCCGUCCUGGAGGAAAUUCCUGAAAAUGACGGCACCAGCUCGGUCGAUAUUCCCGUAGGGCCCGCGCUUAACACGCCCUCCCACCCAGGUAGCCGAUCAGUCAGCGCCUGUUCGACCAGGUUCAGCACGGGCAGCGCACCACGGAACUCUCGCGCCUACCGCAACUCGCGAACGUCGCUCAACGGAUACCUGGACGCCAAGUUCACAGAUCGUCCAGAGAGCAGCGUGUCGAACAGGCUGAGCAGCCACAGUGCCAGUCUGAAUCGCAGCAGCAGCUUGAGACCGGUCAGCAGUAUUCCAAGCGUUUCCUACUCCAACCGGGCUUCCAGUACGUUCUCGACAAAGGGGUUGUCGACGCCGAGCAAGGAUACACUGGCAAAGUACGCGGAUCAAAGAAGAUACUCGACACCGCAGCCGUCGGUGGAGAUCUGGACCGAUAAGAGCAGUGCCAGCAAGAGGCAUAGUGUUCAUCCUUGUUGA